GGAGAGCGUCUCGGCCCUGCCCGUCGGAGAGGCGCCGCGCCGAGCCAUGGCCGCGGCCGUCAGCACCAAGGCGGCCUGGAAGCUGCAGGAGCUGCCGGCCCACAGCGGCAAUGUCUCCUCCCUGGUGCUGGGGAAGAGCUCCGGCCGCCUGCUGGUGACAGGAGGAGAGGACUGCACGGUCAACAUCUGGGCAGUGAACAAACCCAACUGCAUCAUGAGCCUGACAGGCCACACCACCCCCAUCCAGAGCCUCCAGAUCAACAGCAGUGAGGAGCUGAUUGUGGCAGGCUCUCAGUCAGGCUCCAUUCGAGUGUGGGACCUGGGAGCUGCCAAAAUUCUCAGGACCUUGCUGGGCCACAAGGCCAGCAUCUGCAGCCUGGAUUUCCAUCCCUUUGGAAGCUUUGUGGCCUCUGGCUCCCUGGACACAAACAUCAAGCUCUGGGACGUCAGGCGCAAGGGCUGCGUCUUCAGGUACAAGGGUCACACGGAAGCUGUGCGCUGCCUGCGCUUCAGCCCCGACGGGAAGUGGUUGGCCUCUGCUGCUGAUGAUCACACUGUGAAGCUGUGGGACCUGGCUGCUGGCAAGAUGAUGUUUGAGUUCUCAGGGCACUCUGGCCCGGUCAACAUCGUGGAGUUCCACCCCAAUGAGUACCUGCUGGCUUCUGGCAGCUCUGACAGGACUCUGCGGUUCUGGGACCUGGAGAAGUUCCAAGUUGUGAGCUGCAUCGAGGAGCAGGCAGCUCCUGUCAGGUGUGUGCUGUUCCACCCUGCCGGCUGCUGCCUCUUCGGGGGCUGCCAGGACUCGCUGCGGGUCUACGGCUGGGAGCCUGAGCGCUGCUUCGACGUGCUGCCCGUGCCCUGGGGCAGGGUGGCUGACCUGGCCUUCUGCAGCAGCCAGCUGAUUGGAGUCUCCCCUGCACAGAACACGGUGUCUUCCUUCGUGGUGGACCUCAGCAGGGUCACCCAGUCCGACUGUGCCGCCGGGGGGCUGCCGAGGGAGCAGGAGCCCGCGCCCCCCGGCCCCGCCGGCUGCUCCCUGCGCCGCAUCUACGACCGGCCCUGCGCCCACAACUCGGAGAGUGAGCGGCGCAGCCCCAGCAGCGAGGACGAGAAGGAGUCCAGGGCUGAGAUCCAGAACCAGGAGGACUACAAAGAGAUCUUCCAGCCCAAGAAUGCUAUCUCUCGAACUCCUCCUCGCAGCACUGAGCCCUUCCCAGCCCCCCCUGAGGAUGAUCCUGUGGCUGCAAAGGAUGCAGGGAAGCCCUCCCAGGCUGCUGAUGCCCAGCCCCUGCUGCCAAAGCAAGAGCUUCCAGAGCCAGCUCAGAGACCACCUCUUGCCUCCUCAACUCCUGUGACCAGAGCAGAGCCAGCAGUGAUUCCUGCAGCCAGGAAUGAGCCCAUUGGCCUCAAGGCCUCUGACUUCCUCCCAGCUGUGAAGAGCCAGGGCCAGGCCGAGCUGGUGGACGAGGAGGCCAUUACCCAGAUCAGGAAGGGCCACGAGACCAUGUGUGUGGUGCUGAGCAGGCAGGCACAAGAACCUGGGACAGCGUGCGGGGCGGCCUGGAGCAGCAGCGACCCCCGGAGCUCUGUGGACUCUGCAGUGGCCAUCAAUGACCUCUCUGUGGUUGUGGAUCUGCUCAACAUCGUCAACCAAAAAGCCUCUCUCUGGAAGCUGGAUUUGUGCACCAUAGUCCUGCCCCAGAUUGAAAAGCUGCUCCAGAGCAAAUAUGAGAGCUAUGUGCAGACUGGCUGCACCUCCCUGAAGCUCAUCCUGCAGAGGUUCCUGCCCCUGAUCACUGACAUCCUGGCUGCACCUCCCUCUGUUGGGGUGGACAUCUCCAGAGAGGAAAGGCUCCACAAGUGCAGGCUGUGCCUGAGGCAGCUGCAGGCCAUCAGCAGCAUCGUCAAGAGCAAGUCGGGGCUGAGUGGCCGCCACGGCAGUGCCUUCCAGGAGCUGCACCUCCUCAUGGCUGUGCUGGACUGACAGCUGCCCCCUCCUCACCUGCAGGCAGGGGGAGGCCCAGCUGCCCCUCUGCCCUUGCCUUGCCUGCCUUUCACCCC